CCACCACACUGCUGCAGUAUAAAGUCUGCUGUUCAUCCUCAGCCUCCACCCACUGGACUCCAACAAACACAACUUCAGCUUGAACUCACAGUGAGGUGAAAGAAGACAGAUGACAAUGACCGACCUGGAGACCUCGAUGGCGACCAUCAUCGCCGUGUUCCAGAAGUACUCGGAAAGAGAAGGAGACAAACACAAACUGAAGAAGAGCGAGCUGAAGGAUCUGCUCAACGACGAGCUGCCGGAUCUGAUGGGGCAUGUGAAAGACCAGGCUACACUCGACAGCCUGAUGGAGAGCCUGGACGCCGACGGCGACGCCGAAUGCGACUUCCAGGAGUUCAUGACAUUCAUCUCCAUGGUUACCGUCUGUUGCCAUGAGUUCUUCGAGCACGAGGACGAGUGAAGGAGGAGGAGGGCGAGCAGGGAGACAAAAGAGGGGGAGCUACAGUAAAUUAUAAAGAAGGAGAAGAAGCCUAGCAACGCACAACCUGUGGGUGCAGUCGGCGCAGCGCAGGCUGGGAACGCAACUCCAGCCAGCAGCCAAAACAUUAUUGGCUGGUGGCUGGCAGACAGUCCAGUCUAGUAGCUAAAAUCAACCUUGUUCUUUUUCUAUUUGAGUCUAAAUACCUAGAUGGCUUGUAAAGGCUUCAAAAAGGCUUUGGGAUUUUAGUGUGGCUCUGAAGUUUGUUCCAAAACUAGACACCGAUUUCUAAAAGUAGUUUCUUCUGCACAUCAGAUGCUAGUUGGCUGCAGAAAUUGGUACUUUUUGAUCGCCACUUUAGAGUAAUUCCCAGUCUCUUUCUAAAUAUCAAACUGUUUAAAACAAUUUAGAAGAGUUAUCUAGAUUUUGGCUACCAGCUUUGGCUACCAAGAUCUGCCAAAAUAUGAUCAAUAAUUCAAGUUUCCUCUGGUGAAAGGGCCAGUAAAGUUGUAAAAAGGACCAGUAAGUUUGUCCACACUUAGUCAAGCAGCCUCCAAUCAUUCUUUUGAGAUUUCACACAUAGCAUUUUAGGAGGCCAGUAAAUCGAUAAAACACUAUUAUCACGAGGUCAGUAUAACCUGGGGAUCUUAAACCCAUGUGGAACUGCCAUGUCCGUAACUUGUCAAGUAACAACUCUACCCCCAAAUUACCUAUCAUGUUCCACCAAACACAGACGUCAUGUGAGAAUAUUAGUUCCUGAUUUGGGGCUGGUUUUGUUUGUUUGGCUUUCUGUCUCUGCGACUCUUUUUCUGCAUCCUUCCUAGUCGAGAAAUUUGGAGGCUUUGGCGGCAUUUUUGGAACAAAUUCAGGAGGCUCACAGCAUUGAGACCCACCCUAAGCAGCACGUGUCCAAUGCCUGUUUUCACAUUUUUAGCAGCCAUUGUUCUUGACGUUGGGAAGCGGAUGUUACACAAAGGCUCGACAUCAUAUUUGUUUGAUAAUUUCAGUAAAUUUGAGCAGAAUACAGAUUCAUCCCGCGUGAUUGUGGCACUUGAAACAGACACUGGGGAGCUGAUCGAAGGCCUUGUCCACACGAACGUGGCUAUAUUUGAAAAUGUAGCCUUUUCUUAUGCAAACUGCUCUUUAGGUCACUGAAAACUGAUCUCUGGAUGAAGUUGUUUAGAAACUCUGUUUUCAGCCCAGCUGCCC